CUUUCUUUCCUCUUUUCUUGUUUCCAGUACUGAGCAUUAUAUCAACAACUAGCCAUGUCAGAUACUGAAGUUGAAAAAAACAAAAACAAUAAACGAUUCCGUAAGGAUAAACCCUGGGAUACAGAUGAUAUUGAUCAUUGGAAAAUCGACGAAUACACACCAGAAGAAACAAAGCAACCAUUCACUGAAGAAUCGUCUUUUGCUACUCUUUUCCCAAAAUACAGAGAAAACUACUUGCGUGAAAUCUGGCCUCACUGUACAAAGGCUUUGGACAAAUAUGGCAUUGCCUGCGUAUUGGAUUUAGUCGAAGGUAGUAUGACAGUCAAGACAACUCGCAAAACAUACGAUCCAUAUUCAAUUUUGAAAGCACGAGAUUUGAUCAAGCUAUUGGCUCGUAGUGUUCCUUUUCCUCAGGCUGUCAAGGUGAUGAACGAUGGAGUUGCAUGUGACAUUAUUAAGGUGGGCAACCUUCUUCGAAACAAGGAACGAUUUGUAAAACGUCGACAACGAUUGAUUGGACCUAAUGGAUCAACAUUGAAAGCUAUUGAAUUAUUGACUGGUUGUUAUAUGUUGGUACAAGGAAAUACUGUAUCUGCAAUGGGACCUUAUAAAGGACUAAAGGAUCUUCGUCGUAUUGUACUCGAUUGUAUGAAAAACAUUCAUCCUAUCUAUCACAUCAAGGAACUUAUGAUUAAAAGAGAACUUGCAAAGGAUCCAAAAUUGGCUGAAGAAUCAUGGGAUCGAUUUUUACCACAAUUCAAGAAACGUAAUGUUAAAUCCAAGAAAGUUGAUACCAGCAAGAUCAAGAAGAAGGAAUACACACCAUUCCCUGCUCCUCAAGAAUUAUCCAAGGUCGAUAAAGAAUUGGAAAGUGGUGAAUACUUCUUUAAGCAUGGAAACAAAGGCAAGAGACAACCAACUGGAAAGAAUCAUGAUGGUAACAACAAACGACAAAAGUCUAGUUAGUUUUCUUCCUAUCAUCAUUUCUUAUUUUAUAUAUUAUAUACAUAUUCUUUAUUUUCUUUCUUUUACGCAUUUCCCAUCCACAUAUUCUUCAUCAUCUUUUUUUUUUCUUUCUCUGAUUAGCAUCUGAAAUUUAUUUAAUAAAGCUUUUAUUGUAUUCUCAA